CUUUCUUGAACAUUCUCAAGGAAUUGGGAUUUCAUGGACCCUUUUCCUAGUCGACCAAACUCAAGUUCCUUUUCUGCAUCUUUGUUUUUGAGUCUUUGAUAUCUGGUGUCUUAAUGGCUUCACGACCUGCAGACGUCUAGUGUCUCCAAUUGCCUGCGCUCUGCCAAACUGCACGUCGGCAACUUUAUCCAGCAUGGAGUCCAGUGAGACAACCCCUUUCCUCCAAGAUGCAUCUUUGUCCGAGCAGCAGACAAGACCCAGCCGGAAUGUUACCUUCAAUCCUAAUCCCUCGAUCAUCUCUUCGGAUCCAGCAAUUGGCACUCCCAGUGGUGCCACUGCACCUCGCCCAGUGCAACAGAGCUCUGCCUCAGCGACACCCCAGAAUGCGCCACCUGCAGGUCUGUCCGCUUUGAACAGCAAACUCCGCCGAAGAAACAGUUAUGGCUCUCCUCUCCUCCCUGUUCCCUCCAAUCAACCAAUCCCCAAGAUCGGCCCUCAAAGAACGAGUAAGAAUGCACAAAAGCUCAAGCUUCUCCCGAACCCCGAAUUUGGCGAAGAAGGCCCGGAUGAAGAGAGUGGGAGGGAUGUGUAUUCACAGUACACACGUAUCAAAGAUCCUACGGCACGCCGUGAUGCUGCGCGACUGGGGAAAGCAGACCGGAGCCGCCUACCACGAGUGACCGCAUACUGCACGGCGAAUAAAUACCAGAUGGAGAGUCUUAUGCGAUUCUUGAAAGGGCGAGGGAAGACAAGAGGGGCGAACCCGAAGCUGUUCGAUGAAUGUAUAUACACUCCCUACAAUUACGGACGGCCGGCUUCCCAAAGGGUGUUAGACGUCCAAUCAAUGCCUGUGCCUGUUCGAGAGAGACGGCAUUCCGAUAGCGCAAUUGAGGUGGAGGACAACAAUAAGCACCGACGGGAAGAUCUCAUAGAUUUACAUACCGUGGGAGGCGACACGAGUCUCGGCGACGCUGAACAUAUACAACCGAAUCGCAUGAAUGAUAUUGUGGAAGGACGGGUAGAGGACGGACAUAUCGACCCGGAGAGCAAUCCCGAUUUCGACACUCAUGUGCACACACCCGAGGUCUUCUUAUUCGAUUACGGCGUUGUCGUUAUCUGGGGCAUGACUUUACAACACGAGCAACGAUUUUUAAAAGAAAUUGCCAAAUUCGAGAGUGAGAAGUUGGCACCUGACGACAUGGAGACUGAAUGCUUCAAUUUCUACUAUACUAAAGAAUACCAGGCGCGGAUAUAUAAUGACUUCAUUACACUGAGGGAAAAAAAUAAUUAUAUGUCAAAGCUCGCAAUUUCGCAUGCGUUGGCGCAGAGUGUAAAGACCUCCCUCUUCGAAGGAUUGGUUGCAAACACCAUUGAGAAAUGCCAAGAAGUACCCGAUCAACUGGCCGGAACGGGAAAGGUCGGUCUCAGUCGCAAAGAAACCAAUAUGCAAAUCGGCGAGCUAUUCAUAUUACGCAUUAGCAUCCAUCUCAAUGGGUCAGUGCUUGAUACUCCAGAGCUCUUUUGGGUGGAACCCCAACUGGAGCCUGUAUACCAGGCUGUCAGGAGUUACUUGGAGAUCGAUCAGAGGGUGGCUGUGUUAACGCAACGCCUCGAUGUCAUUAAGGACUUCUUAUCGGCACUUCAGCAGCAUUUGAGUCAUGGACAUGGGGAGAAGCUGGAGUGGAUUGUGAUUGUACUCAUCGCGGCCGAAAUUCUCGUCGCCAUUAUCAACAUCAUCGUGGACUUGUACGCCGGAUCGGAGUAAGGUGGCAUGGACUCUCAAGCACGGCGUUAGGAUCUGGUAAAGACCGUAUGUAUCAAAUAAAUAGGAGUUUGGAUUCCUCCAAAACGAAGAAAAACCCAUGAUCUUGGCGGAGGGUCAUGUGAGAGAUCUCCGCUAUAUGCCAGAG